AUCGCCAUGAAAUAACUCAUCGCCAAUCACUGCUUAGGAAUGUGCCGAAUAAUUAUCUGCCAACAUCUCGCAAACUAACUUGGUUCCAGUAAAUAUAUGACCAUUUCUCCACAAUGGGGGACUUGCUUCUAGCAUUGAAACACUUCGAUCAGAUUCGACCACCAGCGCCAACUUUCACCGAGAAGGAUCUGCACGAUCUGGCAGGCAAGGUCUAUGUCAUCACAGGCUCCAAUUCGGGUAUUGGAAAAGAACUUGCCGCUAUUCUGUACUCCAAAAAUGCCAGAGUCUACAUCGCUGCAAGAAAUGAGUCCAAGGCAUCGGCGGCUAUCAAGUCCAUUCGCCAGCAGCAUCCAUCAUCAAGCGGUGAUCUUCUCUUCCUCCACCUCGAACUCGAUGAUUUGACCCAGAUCCCGCAAGCCGCACGAAAGCUUCUUUCACAGGAGACCAGACUCGAUGUCUUGUUCAACAAUGCAGGUGUUAUGCAUGUGCCGCCUGGUUCUGUCACCAAGCAGGGUCACGAGCUGACUUUAGGGACAAAUAACCUAGGCCACUAUCUCUUUACUGAACUUAUAACGCCUUUACUCGUUGAGACGGCUAGGAUUGCCCCCAAAGACACCGUUCGUGUAGUUUGGUUGGGCAGUCUCUACACCUACGCUGCGCCCAAAGAUGGGAUGGACUUCACAAAUCUCAACUACGAGAAGAAGGACGAGAACAAGUAUUAUAAGUAUAACGUUAGCAAAGCCGGUGCGUACUAUGAAGCGGCCGACUUUGCCUCCAAACAUAAGAAGAAGGGAAUCAUCAGCGUGGCCAUUAAUCCCGGGAACCUGAGGUCUGAUUUACAACGGCACUAUUCGAAAACUCAGCAGCGUAUCAUGGGCUCCAUGCUCUAUCCUCCUAUCUAUGGAGCCUACACAGAGCUUUUCGCCGGACUAUCUCCCGAAGUAACGAUGGAGAAAACAGGGUCAUGGAUCAUUCCUUGGGGUAGGUUUGGCGUUCCCCGUGAGGAUUUGGAGCGUGGAGCCCGACCUACAAGUGAAGGUGGUACCGGAAUGGCGCAGAAGUGGGCUGCGUGGCUUGAGGAGCAAGUGAGGCAAUAUCGAUAAGUAGUGAGCCUAACCUCACUGAUUCAAUCAUUACCCGAAUAGUCGUUUGUCUUUUGUCAGGAGUCUCAUGUUAAUACACUUGUCGAUUUAGGAGACAAAAGGCUGCAGCGGGGUCAUAACAAGGGUGUGAAGCCAAUCAAAAUGACUAGAAUUAACGGCACCUCUAAGCACAGCGGAGGUACAUCACGAUUGAACUCCUGGCAGUUUUGAUCGUUACAAAUCGCUACUUCUGUGUGACGGUUCGAGUUUCCCAAAGGGGUAAGCCAGUCGAUACUAGUUUGAUGCUGGUAGAUGGCAGAUCGCGGUCCAAAUCGUGAUUUAUGUAUAAUUGGUAAAGUUUGUGGUUUACACGUGACCUGAUCGCGGGUCAAAACAC